UGCCACUCCAUUGACAUGACCAAUACUAAAACUCUAAUAAUGAUGUUUGGUAAACCCUAACUACCAAGUUAAUGACUUGCCAACCAGAACAAACAACAAACAGAAUCUUGGAACGGAAGCAAUAGGACCUUUCCUUUAUAUUCACUCGAAGAUGACACAAAUACACAACUGAUGAGAUAAACAUGAAAUACCAUUCCCAAACUCAUUUGAGAACCUGAUGAUACUGAAAGAAAGGAGAUAAUAGUUUUAUAAUGCCUCCACAACUUCAUCAAUCUCCACUUCCUGUUCUCAACCCUCUACUUAGAUUCUCACCUCCUUCCUCCCCUGAUACCCCAAAACACCAGAGGGAAUCAAAGAUCACGAUGCCAAACUUCACAGUACGUAAACUCAUACCUCUACUUAUCUUCGUUCUUUCAAGCCUCUCUGUUAUUCGCCUCCUCCGUAUCUCGUUAAAGUCUUCAUCCUCUGCUUCUGGUUCCCUCUCUUCCACCACAUUUCGGUCCUCAUUCAGUCGGCAGAUAAGUGCUAAUGCGAGCUAUAGCGCUCUCACAGAAAAUGAACUCAAGCUCUUAUCAGAUACCGUUGCUAGUAGAUCACCUUGCAACGUCCUUGUUUUUGGGUUAGCACCUCAGUACCUCACUUUAUCCUCAAUCAACACCAGGGGCAUUACCGUCAUUCUAGAAGAUGAACAAUCAAAAACAAAAGCUGAAGUAAAUCCCAACAACACAAGAAUCUACAGCUUGAAGUACCAUCAGAUGGAAGUCAAGAACGCUUACAAACUUCUCCGACAUGCCCGAGCUAACCCCGCAUGUGCUGCACUAAAUACGAAUACUCUACAUCAAGGCUCAUCAGAAUGCAAACUGAAACUGAGGGAUUUGCCACAGGAAUUACACGAUACCAGAUGGGAUGUGAUAGUUGUUGAUGGACCACGUGGAGAUGCCUUAGAGGCGCCAGGUAGGAUGGGGAGUAUAUACACUGCGGCUGUGUUAGCAAGACAAGGAAGUAGUAACUCAACAACAGAUGUUUUAGUGCAUGAUGUGCAAAGGACUGUUGAGAAGUGGCUCUCCUGGGAAUUCUUGUGCCAGGAGAAUCAGGUUUCAGCUAAAGGAAACUUCUGGAAGUUUCGGAUCAAGGGUCGAUCAAAUGCAUCUAGGUUCUGCUCACCAGAAACAGCCUUGAUCAGAUAUUAGCAAAAUUAGUUCAAAAGCAAGGUUGUUGCUCUGUCACACUACGGCGCCUCUGUCUCAUAACAGUGUGUAGGGAAGUAUAUGUUCAAAUAAGGCAUUCAAUGUAGACCAGCUAUCAGAGAUUUGUACAAAUGUCAUUCCAAGUAGUUAAUGGAUAGAGGUUGAUGAUAUGGUCAUAGUUUUCAGGAUUUAUCUUUUUAAGCAUAGUUUUCAUGCAAAAAUAUUCAUUAAUAGAUAUUUAUACCUGUCAUCACUACAAGUAAUGAAUUUUUGCUUUUUUUUCUUUUCA